UUUUUAUUGUUCCUUUUGAAUUUCACCGACGCAUUGGUGGCGUUUCUGCAAUGUCUUCUGCAAUGUCAACUGUUUGCAAAGCUUCUCAGCCGGAGCAAUUGCAGCCGCCGCCGCUCUACACAUUUGGAGAGCCAUGGCCGGAGUUCAACGAUGGUCUCUCCUAUACUGACACUGUCCGUUCAUCCCAAAAUGCAACAACGCUAAUUGAUUUCUACUGCUCCAAGUAUAGGAGUUCCGCGCCAUUGCAAGGCUGGCUUCAGAGAAUCAGAAAUGGGCAGAUCACCAUCGAUGGUAUAGUGGUAACCGAUCCCGAAGCAGUUCUAAGUAUUGGCUCAAAAAUUAUAUAUCAUCGGAUGCCUUGGGAGGAAGCUGGUACUCCGUUCAUGCUGCAAGUUCUCUAUGAAGAUGAUGACAUUGUUGCUAUAAAUAAACCAUCUGGUUUGCAAGUUUUACCUGGAGGGCUUUUCCAGCAGCGUACCGUUUUAACACAGCUUCAAUGGAAGUCAUCAAAGCAAGGUUUAAUUUGUUCUACUAGUCAGGAUGUUCAACGACCAUAUCCUGUACCUGUUCAUCGUUUGGGAAGAGGAACAUCAGGUAUAUUACUUUGCGCCAAAACAAAGCUUGCAAAAACUAAACUUGCAGAAUACUUUGCUGUUGGCACGUUAGCUGUUGGAGAGAAUAGAAUGCUGGGAAAAAAUUAUGGCGAAGCUCGGAAAAUUUUAAAGUGUUAUCGAGCACUAGUUAGAGGGAUUCUUGAACAUGAUGAGAUUUUGAUUGAUCAGCCCAUCGGUUUGAUGCAAUAUCCAGGAGUGGCCAAAGGGCUUUACGUUGCAUCCUCAUCAGGGAAACCAGCUUUGAGCAAUGUCCAAGUACUUGAGAAAGAUGCGCUGCAAAAUCAAACAUUGGUGCAUGUCGAGAUUCAUUCUGGGCGACCACAUCAAAUUCGUAUUCAUCUUGCUUUCAUAGGACAUCCACUUGUAGGAGAUCCUCUUUACCAGGUUGGUGGGCGGCCCAAUUUACUUGAAACUGAAACUGUAAAGUACAGUAUUCCUGAAGACGGGGGCUACCAGAGGCCUGCAAGACCUGUGCCAGGAGAUUGUGGUUAUUAUUUGCAUGCUCAUAUGCUUGUUCUCCGCCACCCAUCCACAGACAAGGUGAUCGAAAUUAUUGCUCCACUUCCUUCCAUAUUACAAACACGACAAGAAUCUUAUCAAAAUAGGAUUUUAGGAGGGACAAUGAAAGAUGAGAAUGAGUUGCAAUGAAGGAGCAUCUCUUAAGCGUGUUUUAUGCUAUUCAUGAGCUUUAGAAUAUUUGUAAAAAAGGAUUUACAUGAUGCAUUUUUUUUUCUAA